AUGCCUCCAGCCCCUCGCAGGCAGUCCAGCAAGCUGCCCGGCGGCGGCGUGGACGCCGAGGCGCAGGACCACCGCCUGUCCCUCGAGACCUUCUCGAUGUGGCUGCUGAAGCGCGGGAUCCGCCUGCGAGCCUGCCCUCACCUGGCCGUGGGAGGCGGGGGCCUCCCCGGAGGCAGCCCAGGGAGGGUGGAGGCGGGGCGCCGAUCCGAGCAGCUCCGCGACGAGAAGAUCGGCGUGGCGGACUUCCUGCAGGGCGCCGGCGGCCUCUGCUGCAGCCUCGCGCUCUUCCGGCUGCUCGACCUGGAGAAGAGGCAGCAGGGCAUCGACACCCGCGACCUCGAGGCCAUCCUCGCCGACGCGCGGGUGUCCCUGGGCGGCCCAGAUCUGGCGCUGCCGAUCGCGCAGGUGGCGCGGCAGGCGACCGACUUCGAGUUCUUCCGCUCCUUCCUGCUCCCCCGGCUCCAGGGCGCCGCCGCCUUCCGGCUCCGGGUGUUCGCCGAGCUCCCGCCGCAGGAGUCCUAG